AUGUCAGAUUCCAACACCACUGACUUCACCAACCCCUCCACCUUCAUCCUGCUGGGCAUUCCUGGCCUGGAGGCAGCCCAUGUCUGGAUCUCCAUCCCGUUCUGCACCAUAUACAUCAUAGCCAUCUUGGGGAACUUCACCAUCCUGUUCAUCGUGAAGACAGAGCUGAGCCUUCAUGGGCCCAUGAACUAUUUCCUCUGCAUGCUGGCCAUCACCGACCUGGUCCUGUGCACAUGCACCAUUCCGAAAACACUGAGCAUCUUCUGGUUCAAUUCCAGGGAGGUAGAUUUCAGUGCCUGCCUCACCCAGAUGUUCUUCAUUCACUGCUUUUUUGCGAUAGAGUCUGGGAUCUUCAUGGCCAUGGCUUUUGAUCGCUACGUGGCCAUCUGUGACCCCCUGAGACAUUCCAUCAUCCUGAGAAACCCCAUGGUGGCCAAUAUUGGCCUGGCCGUGGUGCUGCGUGGCUGCAUUCUUGUACUGCCCUGUCCCUUGCUAGCAAGGCAGUUGCCGUAUUGCAGAACCAGCAUCAUACCCCACUCGUGCUGCGAGCACAUAGCUGUGGUGAGUCUGGCCUGCGCUGACAUCCGCAUCAAUAUUUACUAUGGUCUCUUUAUGGCAAUCUUGGUGAUCAGUCUAGAUGUGGUUUUUAUAGCUGUGUCCUAUAUCCAGAUACUCAGAGCUGUCUUCAGACUCCCCACAAAGGAUGCCCGGCUCAAGACUUUUGGAACCUGUGGCUCCCACCUCUGUGCCAUUUUAGCCUUUUACAUCCCAGGUCUGUUCUCCGUCCUUACAUACCGAUUUGGCCACAAUGUGCCCCUGCAUUUCCAUGUUCUUUUUAUGAAUGUGUGCCUCCUGGUGCCCCCCAUGCUAAACCCCAUCAUUUUUGGUGUGAGAACCAAACAGAUCCGGGACAGGCUGCUCCGGCUCUUUACUCAUAAAGAGACCUAA